AUGGUAAAUUUCGAAGAUAGUAAAUAUAAAACUAAAAAUGACAUAAUAAAUGCAGUGGACGAAGAUGGCAAACAAGUCUUUAGUAAAGACGAAAAAAGUUUGUUUAUUGAUUAUUCAAUUAAGUCAGUUAAAGAUGCAAAAGAAGUUGCAAAAUUGAUAUUAAAAUCUAAAGAAGCACGAAAAAAGAAAAAGGAAGAUGAUGAUUUAAAAAAAUAUUUAGAGGGGGAAAGGUUUAAAAACUCUUUAGCUUAUCAAAUAGUGAACAAGAAAGAUGAAAUGGUAGACGAGGCUAUUAAUUGGCUUAAACUUUUAAUUGUCACUGAUGAUUCUCCAAAAAGUAAAGAUGAAAGAAAGAAAAGAAGGGAUGAAAUAAUUCUGGAAAUUAAAAAAAAGGAGAAAGAACAAGGAGAAAUAGGAAGAAAAAUAGCAGGUUUUAAAAGUGAAAAGAGAAAAAAAGUUUUAGAAAAGCAAAGAGAAGAGAAAUCAUUAUCUAGAAGAGAAGGUUUAAUGACUUUAUUAGAUGCAGCGAAUAAAAAAGAUACUGAUGAGAUUACUAAUAAAAAUGGUGAGAAAAUUUUGUUAAAUAAAAAUAUCGAAAUUAAUGAUUACAGUUAUAUUGAUAAUGGUUGA